CGGACGGAAGGUCACUUCCGCCCCACUUCCGCCCGGCGUGCCCGUCACACCGCUGACGCCACGUCCGGCCCGUCUCGCCUCGCCUCCCGGCGGCCCUUGCCCGCGACAGAACGCGGCUUCCGGCGCGUCCCGGUCCGAGGCCAGCGGGGCUGUGAGCUCCGGGCGGGCCGGGCCGCGGCGGCGGCGGCGGCGGCGCAGGCCCUGAGGAUGUCGGACGGGAUCAUGAGCAAGGCUGCCACCAUGGAGAUCCCCAUCAGCAGCAAUGGGGACACGGGCAGCCUGCCAGAGGAUGACGGCUUGGAGCAGGACCUGCAGCAGGUGAUGGUGUCGGGGCCCAACCUCAAUGAAACCAGCAUCGUCUCUGGCGGCUAUGGGGGCACGGCCGAAGGCAUCAUCCCCACCAAUACCAUCAAAGCCCCUCCGUUUCCAGGCUGUCUUGUCCAACCUCACCCACCCCGAGGACCAUCCGUCUCCCCCAGUGCAUCUGCCGCCAGCAGGAUGGCCAACCAGGCUGGUGCUUCAGCAGGCUCUGGGCUGCACCAGCCCCACCCCAGCCCAGCCGUCGGAGGAGAGGAGGUUGUCCGUGGCAUCGCCGUGGAGAAGUUUGACAUUGUCAAGAAAUGGGGUAUCAACACGUACAAGUGUACCAAGCAGCUGAUCUCGGAGCGGUUUGGCCGGGGCUCACGCACUGUGGACCUGGAGCUGGAGACACAGAUUGAGCUGCUCCGGGAGACAAAGCGCAAGUACGAGUGUGUGCUGCAGCUUGCACGGGCUUUCACCAACCACUUCUACAGCCUGGUGCAGACACAGCACGCCCUAGGGGAUGCCUUUGCUGACCUCAGCCAGAAGUCUCCGGAGCUGCAGGAGGAGUUUGGUUACAACGCAGAAACGCAGAAACUGCUCUGCAAGAAUGGAGAAACACUACUGGGGGCUGUCAACUUCUUUGUCUCCAGCAUCAACACGCUGGUAAACAAGACCAUGGAGGACACGCUCAUGACGGUCAAGCAGUACGAGACAGCCAGGCUGGAGUACGAUGCGUACCGCACAGACCUGGAGGAGCUGAGCAUGGGCCCUCGGGAUGCCAGCACCCUGUGCCGGCUGGAUGCAGCCCAGAGCCAGUUCCAGAGCCACAAGGACAAGUACGAAAAGCUGCGUGCUGAUGUGGCCAUCAAGCUCAAGUUCUUGGAGGAGAACAAGAUCAAGGUGAUGCACAAGCAGCUACUACUCUUCCACAACGCUAUCUCUGCCUACUUCGCUGGGAACCAGCAGCAGUUGGAGCAGACCCUCAAGCAGUUCAACAUCAAGCUGAAGACCCCUGGUGCUGAGAAGCCCUCUUGGCUGGAGGAGCAGUGAGCCGCCCCCGCCACCCCCUGCCAGCUCUGGCUGGGGGCACCAUGGACCUGAAUUCUGGCUGCUGGCAUGGGGCCAGACCAGCUGCUCGUGGGGCAAGGGGGGGGUGCGGCUGGGGCCCUGCUGCAGCUAGGGGCCGCCCGCUGGGCAUGGGGUCCUGGUCUGGGGGGAGCAGGAGGUGGCGAGCGGGACCCUGGUCCUGCCUGGGGAGAGGAGCCUGGAGCAGCUGGGGCUGCCCUGUCCCACCUCUCCCCUUCGGGGCAGGGUCCAGCACUGCCCAGCCUGAUUGUGCUCCCUUAGCACAGACCCCUGGCGCAACUGCUGGGAGCUCCCCCUGCUUUCUGGCACCCCUGUGGGGCAGCGGACACCUCCCUUUCUGGGGGGCUGCAUGCCCCAGACCCCACCACACACCUUGGUGUGGGGUGGGAUGCUCCACAGCUCUCCCUCUGCUUCCCCUGGGGCAGGAUGGGACUGUACCCCCACUGCUGGGCUUCCUCCCUGCCCCCCCCCCCCCCCCCCCCCCCCGGUCCCCUGGGACCCCCUGGGGCCCAGCCCAGGAAUACCCCUGCCCUGCGGCAGAAGUGUUCGUUUCCAAAUGAAGGCAAAGCUGCGGAGGGGCAGCACCAGGAUGGCUGCAUCCCCUCCCUGUCCCCAGGGUGCCUGUGGGUUCCCACCUGCAGCAGGGGCUCCUGCCCCCUCUCCUGGCUUUGGGGCGGCUCCGUCCCCCUUCUGGCUGUUCCCUGGUGUUCCCCGGGCAGCUGCUCUUGCGCUGUCCCUGAGCCUCACACUACACUCCCCCAUGCAGGGCGGGCUGCCCCGGCUGCCCCGCAGCAUAGCAAGGCAGGGCCUGCCCAUCCUCCCUUGUGCAUCCCCUGACCGGAGCCAUGCUCGCCCGGGGUGUGGCCGUCCUCGGGGCUGGGGACCCUGUGUGCCACAGCUAGCGUGGUGUGGGUGGGUGGCUGCUGGCCGGGCGCGGGUCCUCUCCCCGCCCUGAUGCGUAGGCCAGGGCCGCCACCGGGAGCCGCAGAGACUCCAACCAAGGACCAAAGGCUGGCUGCGCCCUGGGCAGGUGCAUGUGCAUGUCUGUGUGCGUGUGCUGAGGGCGUGUGUGCCAUGCGCCGCUGUGCCAGGGCCUCGGCCAGCGUCCCAUGCGUGAGCGCUCUGUCCUCCUGCUCCAGCUGAGUGUUGCUUCCAGCCCUGGCCACAUGCAGCACUUGGGCACUUUCCUGAGACAAAACAGUUUGUUUUUUCUUGCUAAUUUAAUCCUUGGUAAUUUAAUGUCUGGAUCUGACACUCCCUCCCCUUUCCUGGUGAAGGUCUGACCCUCCUCUUCCCUCCCAACUUCUGUAAGACUCCAGAAUAAAACGGUACGGAUC